AUGGCACGCAGAUACGACGCACGAACGACUAUUUUUUCUCCCGAAGGUCGGCUUUAUCAAGUCGAAUAUGCCAUGGAAGCAAUAUCCCAUGCUGGUACCGCGUUGGGUAUCCUAGCAUCGGAUGGCAUUGUGAUAGCUGCCGAAAAGAAAGUGACUUCUAAAUUACUUGAACAAACCACCACAAGUGAAAAAAUUUACUUAUUAAACGAGCUAAUUGACAUUGAUUUGAAUGAUUUGAAAUUCGAUCACAGUAACGUUAUUUGUGGUGUCGCGGGAAUCACAGCCGAUGCAAAUUACCUUAUAAACUACUCUCGUCGAGCCGCUCAAGAAUAUUUAUAUACUUAUGGAGAAGACAUCCCUGUUGAACAGUUGGUACAAAGAUUGUGUGAUUUAAAACAAGGAUAUACACAAUACGGAG